GCGGCUUCAUAGUUCUGGAAGGAGGAAAACAGUCACGUCAAUGUAUCUUAUUUUCUUUCUCUAAACUUAGCUUUCCUGACAGAUACUUAGUGUUUCAGUCAGGUCGGUAUCGUCUGGAGUACUUUCCGGGUUUGCUGAGGGGGACGUCUGUUAAAAGCUGGGAUGGCGUCGCCGCUGGAGAUGACAGAAAUGUACGACAACGCUCUGCUGGGGAUCCUGCAGCACGUUGGGAAUAUCCAGGAUUUUCUGCAGAUCUACUUUGGCUUUUUGUACCGCAAGACAGACUUUUAUCGUCUGUUGUCAAGUCCUGACGACAAAAUGGGCUUCCCUCCAGGUGUUGCAGAGAAGAUGGUGCUGAAGACAUUUAAGUUGUUUGAGAAGCUAGCAGAGCACGAAAGGGAGAGAGCACUGAGCGAGCUGCAGAAGCGAGAAGAGAGUAAACAUGUUCCGGCAGCAAUCCAAGAGCUGGAGGUCACUUCUGAGGCUUGCAGAGAGAUGGAGGAGCAGAGCAGCACAGAAGCAGCGCAGAUGGAAAGCUCUUCCUCGGAUACAGGGGAUGCUUCGGAUCCUGCAGCCUCAGAAGUGUCAGCCAGCAGCAGCAAUCCUGCAACUCAAGCAGAUCAAGCGGCUGCCAGUGCAACUCCAGCAGCAGCAGCAAGUCAGGAAUUGUUCCAGUCCGAUCCCGACAGUUACAACGGAGCGGUGAGGGAAAACUAUAGCUGGUCUCAGGACUACACAGAUCUGGAGGUUCGUGUGUUCGUGCCCAAGAACGUUAUUAAGGGCAGACAGGUUAGUGUUAGUCUGCAGACUGGCAGUGUGCGGGUGUGUGUGAGGGAUGGACCUGAGGAGAAAACACUUCUAGAGGGAGAAUUCACUCACAAGAUUAAUACUGAAAAUUCAUUGUGGAGUCUGGAACCUGGGAAAUGCGUAGUUCUGUCACUCAGUAAGACCUCUGAGGUUUGGUGGAACGCGGUCCUGAAAGGCGAGAAGGAGAUUGAUGUCAACCAAAUCAACCGUGAGCGCUCCAUGGCAACAGUCGACGAGGACGAACAUGCUGUUUUGGAUAGGCUCACAUUCGACUACCACCAGAAGCUGCAGGGAAAGCCACAGAGUCACGAAAUGAAAGUUCAUGACAUGCUGAAGAAGGGCUGGGAUGCAGAAGGCUCACCUUUCAAGGGGCAGCAGUUUGACCCGUCCAUGUUUGACAUCCCACCCAGUGCAGUGCAGUUCUGAGCUGCAGCUCAAAUCCAGACAAAUGUGAACUGACUCUAGUUUAUUUACAAGAUAUUUAGCUGCUGAACUGUAAGCGGUGCAUAAUGACAUUUGCGAAUUAAGAAGAGGGGAAAGGAAUAUUGAUGAGGACAUGCCAUUGUAUCAAAUAAUGAUUGGAAGUUUUGACAGAUUGAACUGUUUCUUUACAGUUUUAGUCUUUAUUUAUUCUUCAGUGCCUAUAUGUUCGUUAUUAUUUAGUUUAAUUUCUUAAACAACAUCCCCACACAGUUAAGCAUAUAUCAGUCUGUCAUUGGCCAAAUUUCCAGUUAAACUUAAACCAGAUAUUUAGAGAUGUUGACACAGAUUCCUUAACCUUCGAGACAAACAUAAAACAUGAGGAUCUAUCAGAGGGCAAAAACGUAGGAAAAUGUUUCACUUGUUUGCUUGUUGUAUAAAUAUGACUGACAUGGUAAUUAAUACCAACUUUUCCUGCAAAGUGUAAAAAAGCUGCUUUUAUUUAACCUCAGUUUUUUACACCCAUGUUUUGCUGCCCUGUUAAAUGAGGAUAAAAUCUCAUUACUGCAUUCAGUAGCAAAAUAGUACAAGAUCACAAACGUGCUCAUAUGUAACAGUAAUGGACAUUUCAGCAAGGAGAAUGGCUGAUUUGAGGAUCUACUGGUGGUUUACUGCUUCAGCUUUUUAUCCCAAAAACAAGCCUUGAAAACAUUUGUUGAAUAAAAAAUUACAAAGAAAA